AUCAAAAUGGGAAAUUCACAAUCUAAUGGAAACAUAGAGUUACAAAAACCAGAUAAUAGUAUACAAUCUUCAGAAUCUUCACAAAGUGAACUGACAACUCCUGUUACUUCUGUUCGGUCAAUAAGGAAUUCAUUCCGUGAUUUCGGAUCAAAUUCACCGUUUGUCGGUUCACCUUUACUUUCACAUGAAGAAUAUAAAAAAUUAGAAGAUAUAUAUUUUGGAAAUAGUCAAACUGAGUUUUAUUCAUCAAGUUAUAAUGAAGGAGAUAUUUUAACUGGUGGAGAUGUCCCUACGAUUAUUACUUGGAGUCAAGGUGGUAAUAAUGUCUACGUGACAGGAACUUUUAAUGAGUGGAAGCAUUUUACUACGAUUUUGAAUUUACCUCCGGGAACCCAUAAACUUAAAUUCAUUGUUGAUGAUGAAUGGAAAUGUUCAAAUGAACUUUCAACUGCUACCGAUCCAGAUGGAAACUUGGUAAAUUAUUUAGAAGUAUUUGAAGAGGAAGGAGAUUCUAUGGAUCAGAAUGGAAUGAGCACGGAAGAUCUUUUAUCAAGUACACCUCCGGGAGAAUACACAAAUGAAAUCCCGGGAUAUCUUCUUGCAUAUGCACAUUCCCGUAACAUUAAUGAAACCAACUUUGAUAAUUCCACAUCAAUAAAAGAUCCCCCUGAAUCCCCAGGGAGUAUGACAGAAGAUCAACCACCAGCCCUACCACCACAUCUGGAAAAAGUUUUGCUAAAUAGCUCGGCAGUUUCAAAGGAGGAUAAUAGUGUUUUGCCAGUACCAAAUCAUGUAGUGUUGAAUCAUUUAUAUGCUUGUUCUAUAAGAGACGGCGUGAUGGCCGUCGCCUCCACAGCAAGAUAUAGGAAAAAG